GGAGUAUCUUACACUAUUUUUAGGAUGAUGGAGGAAGAGAGAUACUGGGAAGAAAGAAGACGUUAUGAAGAAGAAAUGGAGUUUUGGCAAAAUCGUAUGGGCAGAGGAGGGCCUUUUACAGGUCCACCCAUGCCUAUGAGGCGUCCUGAUACAUCUGAUGACAGGCACGUGAUGGCCAAACAUGCUAGCAUUUAUCCAAAUGAGCAAGAGCUUCAAGCUGUCCAAAGUAUUGUCUCUACCUGUGAAAAGGCUCUCAAAUUGGUCUCUGAUGCCAUUGCUGAAAGUGAUAAUCCUAGACCUGCAGAGGCAGAAAAGUUAAUAAAGACUGAGAAGAAAGAUGAAAAAGAGGCUGAAGCAAAGGAAGGUGAUAAGGAGGAUGACCCCAAUCAGCCUCCUAGAGCUCUGAAGGGUGUGAUGAGAGUGGGUGUGCUGGCCAAAGGAUUACUUUUACGUGGCAAUCUGAAUGUGCAACUGGUUGUUCUCUGCUCUGAGAAACCUACAAGGACAUUACUGGAGAGAGUAGCAGAUGUCCUGCCUAAACAAAUGGCUACUGUAACUGAUGAGAAAUAUGAAGUAAAAAUUUGCGUUGAGGAGGCUGGUAUAAUAGUGAGCAGUGCUAGCGAGCCAGAGACCACAUGCACAGUCACCCUGACUUCUCCCAUCAUGAGGGAAAAUGCUCCCGAAGGAGAGACGGUUAGCGUCAAAGACCCACCGGAUGUGUUGGACAGGCAGAAAUGCCUGGAUGCUCUAGCUGCUCUACGCCAUGCUAAAUGGUUCCAGGCUAGAGCAAAUGGACUGCAGUCCUGUGUGAUCAUCAUCCGUAUUCUGAGGGACCUGUGUCAGCGCGUACCAACAUGGGCACCCAUGAAUGAAUGGGCUAUGGAGCUGUUGUCAGAGAAGUGUGUAAGCAGUGGAGGGCCAGCCAUGGGCCCCGGGGAUGCCCUGAGAAGAGUCUUCGAGUGUAUUGCGUCUGGAAUACUGCUGCCAGGUGGUCCUGGUUUACUUGAUCCCUGUGAGAAAGAGCCAACCGAUGCUGCUGGGUCACUAACAAAUCAAGAACGUGAGGACAUCACUGCAAGUGCACAGCAUGCACUACGUCUCAUAGCAUUCCGUCAGAUUCACAAAGUCCUGGGCAUGGACCAGCUGCCAGCCCCUAGGUUCCAGAGAAGACCAUUUGGGAAUCGCAAGAGGCGAAGAACCAACAGCACAGGAGAGGGAGAGGCCAAUGAAGGAGAUGGCAAGAAAGACAAAAAGGAAGGAGAAGGGGAAACGAUGGAAACUGGUGAUAAUGCUUGAGCAAGAGACAACAGCAGUGUGAAUAUUUUGCAGUGUCAUAAAACAGACAGAAGGACUGUAAUUAUUGUAGCAGUGACCUUGUCACUUUUGUUGUUUCUUGUACUGUAAUUUGUAUGUGGUUUAUUCCACAUAUCAGAUAGAACUAACUUACAGUACAAACUUGUCCUCACAGCAGUUGUUAGGAAGGAGAGCUUUAAAGAUUUAAGCUUGUUAUAAAGCUUAGGGAAACAAUAGGUCUUGGGUUAUUUGCAACAGUGUCCAAAGGACAUUUAGUGGACUGGAGUAGUUUUACAAAUGGCUGCAUAAUGUUGCAUCUGUGAAAAAGACAUUCUGCAGAUGGGACUGCUUGCUUAAAUGCGGUUGUUAUUUGACAAGAACUUUUCUGGCUCAACUGUCAUUUCAUAAGACUGGUCUAGACUUUCCAGCUCGAUUGCGAUUACUAAAAACAGACCUCUAUCACUUGUCGUUCAGUUUCUGUACUACACAACUGUCUACACAACACUGUGCAUGUUCUGUUUGUUACAGAUCUAGUAGAAUUUGAGUUAGUUUUGUUCUCUUUUUGAAGAUUUAAUCAAAAGUUGUAAAAAGUAAAAAUAAGAACCAAAGUUGAUUUCGAAGUCUUACCCACAGAGAGUCCUGUGUGGCAUCUGUUAAGUGCAAGGAUUGCACUUAUUUUAAUAUUAGGGACUUUUUGAUUACUUGCAUUAAAAAACCUUUUCUGUUUAACAAUAAAGGUGUUUGUGCAAAU